CUAUGAAUAGCUUUGUGAUUUAAGUAAAAUCAAGUAAACCAAUUUUAAUAUGUGAAAACAACUAUGUGGCCUACUGAAGACUAAGAAUUCAAGAUGUCUUUCAGAUCGGCUCUGAAGGCACAGGUUCCUGAGCUAAGAUCUAUGGAACCUGUGAACUACGAAGGCUACUUUGGCGCAUUAUGCUGGAGUGGUACGAGGAGACUACCGAAAAGAUCGAAGAAAUGUGGCAAAAAGGAGAAGCAGCGCCGUCUGAAGGCGGCGAAUGCGACUCCUAUGUGCUACGUACCAUCGCUUCUUGGCAACCCGUCGCAGUUUGCCGUAUUUGUCAACGUGCGCAAAUCUAUCCUGGCACGUUGGCGCCAUCUUCACGGAUCCAUCUCUGAAUUCUCUGACGACAGUGAUAAUGAUGACUGUUCACAACAGACACCAAUAUCAAAGUUGCCCAAGGUGACUGGGAUGGGUUUGAAAACUGUCUUUGCUCUCAUAUCUCAAGCAAGAUUCACUGAUGCCAACUUUUGUGAGCAUGCCCUUAAAGCAUUGCUUGACGUACUACAGGGUCACAGCCCUGAGGAACUUUCUCAAGAACCAAUUGAUAUUAUAUCCAGCCUUCAUGCAAUGCUCUUGGAAGUAGCUGGUGGGAGUGGACCUACUGGGCGUUCAGAGAAACCCACAAAUCUAACCGCACUUAGUACUUCUUGUCUUUUAGCACUCUCUGUAGCCAGAGGGGAGGCAGAAUUUAUUAUCAAUGCUAUUGCUUCUUUGAUUAUGUCCGCGCCACAAUUGGCAGAACAAUAUGUGCAGGUACCUGCAAAUUUAAUGAUCAUGCAACGAAGUGUCCAAGCCGUUGUUCUCGGAAAAUCGUCCCGCAACCAGUGGUUGAACUUCGGUGUCCCCCAUCUAUCUCAAUUCGGCCACUUUCAAGUGGACCUUCCCCCCCAACUGACUGAUUGCUCAGAAGAUGUGGCCGUCCGCUCCCUGGCCUCUGAUGGCUGUUACUUGUAUGUGCUUACUUCGAAAGGUCUCUUAAAGUUCGGCACUGGAUACGGCAUCUCCAUUAGACCACACUUGUAUUUAUACAAGCGAGACUUCUUUCCUUCCGAACGUUAUGGUUGGCUAGGUUACUGUAAGAAUAAAUUGUAUGUUAAACUUGCAAGAAAGAAGUCCGAAUUAUAUGAACUUGAUAAAGAUACGUUCGAAGUGAAGGAUUAUGUGACAUUAGACCUUAAUCUCAUACCGCCCUUCGAUCCUAAGACUGCUAUUUUCAGCGACGGCAAUAUGCUUGGACUGGUGUCUAUUACAAAUCAAGAUUACUUAACAAUACGAUAUUACGACGUGGAUGGGCCUAGGGAGAGAUAUGAUGAUACUACGCCUGCUGUUAUUAGACCAUACAAAGAAAUGACAGUAAGUCUCCUCCGUCGUCACGUACUGAUCAUUGGCCGCUCACCAUUCGACGAUGGAUUCUCUAGAAGACCCUUGGACGUGGAAGUACCGGUGGCAGUCGAAUUAGACGACAAUGAUGACGAUUGCAUGGUCAAUAUAUCAGCCGGUCAAGAUUUUUGUCUUUUGAACACUAUUACAGGAAAGGUGUACUAUACUGGCAAAGGAGCUAGCUUAGGAUACAAGACCGCAUCACCUGUCACCAGCCGCUGGACCCUAAUGAAGGAGACGGUGUACACAAGAAACGAUAUACCGGAUGUCAAGAAGGGAAGAGUUAUACAGGUGGCAGUUGGUCACGAAGGCGUUCACGCUAUUCUGGUCAUGGAUAAUGGCACCGCAUUAUUCACUGGUAUCGCUCGACGCGGUGAAGAUGGUGAUAAUAAUAAGCACAGGCGAACACCAAAGCCUACCAGACCCAAGAAAAUACUUAAGGCCGAGGGUCAUUACAUCACGUACGCUGCAUGUAACUACGGCUCAACAGCUCUGGUAACCAAGCAAGGUCUGCUCCUGAUGCUGGGUAAGGACACUAUGCACUGUGACUCCACUGGACUUGUGGUUGGUCUGCGGCACGAGAGAAUUAAACAGGUGGCGUUAGGGAAGGCGCACGCAGUGGCAUUGACGCAUUUUGGCCUCGUUUACACCUUCGGUAUCAACAAUAAAGGUCAAUGCGGUAGAGAUUUUGGAUUCGCCAAAGAGAGAAAUUUAGGCACCCCACGUCGCCAGAGCGGAAACAAGGAGGAGGUCAAUUUGUGUACUACACAUACCUGGGUUACCGAAUAUUGUCGCAUCUGCGUCAUAUGUCUCGAGUGCACCGGAUUCUCUGACUCUUGUCACCUGUCGCAUCUACCAGACAGGAUCGCCGGAGAGAAUUGCGGUUGCGGUGAAGGUGACAGUGGAUGUAGCACAUGUGGCGUUUGUCGUCGUUGUGUUGAAGCGCAACCAACUACUAGUCGCUCAGAACGGACGGUCACUGACCUUGAUGAUGAUGCUGACGGUUCUUCUAGAUCUGAUGACAAACCUGAUAAGGGCAAAACAAAACUUCAUCAUCCUGAUUGUCCAGUAAGCAUGGAAGUAGAGAAAGACCCGAGUGUAAAAGUCAGUUGUUUGCCGCCAGCCCGCGUCCCUAUACCAGGCGGACAGCGUGUCAAGUCAGUGGCAUGUGGCUUGCACCACAGUGUAUUGCUUACAGAAAAUGGUGAUAUUCUAACGUUCGGAUCAAAUCAGUACGGUCAGCUGGGAGUAGGAGAUAUUCAUCCUCACCAUAGGGUCGUGAGGGUUCGUGUACCUAAAUGUGUAGCAGUUGCAGCUGGGAGUAACCAUACCGUGUUGCUUACUGGCGACGGGACGGUUUACACUUUCGGAUGCUUUCAGAAAGGCGCACUCGGUCGUCCGCCUGUGGAAGAUUUCUUCAGAACUGAAGCGACCAGUGAUCCGGUAUGGCACGGUGCACCACGCCGAAUACCUCGCCUGGGCCCUGAGUAUACAUCUAUAGCGAGUUCCAUCUCUGCGUCUGGAGACCAGACCUUUGUUCAAGUGACGCAGUCCGUACUCAAGCCUGAAUAUAUUUUCACUUCAACGAUCACAUCCAACCACAAUGCGAUAUUGAUCCUUCCAAAUCGCCCCGAACACAAUUUUAGAUGCAUAACAGUGAAUAAAUCUGAUGGCAGCGUUUUUCCAUGGAGCGGUGGGGAGCAAGCUGACUUCGAGAACUCCCUCACUUGCCUCGACCCGUUAUACGAUGUUUUGUGGUGCUAUCACCCUUUCCAAAAAAUGAUAAAGUGCUAUAACAUCCUUACCUACGAUCCGAACAGGGUGCAACGGUGCUGCACAAAUAAUCGGAACUCAUACCACUUGGAUGCCGAGGAUGAGUACCCCAAUUACGGCCCAAUGAGGAGAUUGGAAGACUUUAAGAAUUUGGAAACCUACGAUCUAAAGUCUACUAAUGAAGAUAGGAUUCGAAGUGAUCUGAUUCUGUCAAAUAGUUACGUGCUAGAUCCGGGACUAGCUAUACCAGUAGUUCCGGGACAAACUGUGACGAGACUGCAUGCGGCUUUGCAUUUAUUAGGAUGUUUGGAUUCUCUCACCCAGACUCAUAGUACAAGAGCAAACAUAAUGGAUAUAAAACGUGACCGCACUGCUACUCCAGUAGCUCCCAUCAAGGAAGACUUUCAAACCAUAAGUCGCUUCGAGAGUCACGGCGGAGGUUGGGGCUACUCGGGACAUUCUAUAGAAGCUAUUCGCUUUAUGUGCGAUACUGAUAUAUUACUUGGUGGAUACGGCCUAUUUGGCGGACGAGGCGACUACUCAGCCAAGAUAAAGUUGUUCGAUAUCGGCAACGAGGGGGGCGAUCAAGAGGGCGACGGCGAGAUGUUAGCCGAGACUGAUGAAGUCAUGUACGAAUGUGCACCCAGGGAUAAAUUUCCAGUACUGUUCGACGUGCCGAUUCCUAUCGCUGCUAAUAGAUGGUAUGUGGCUUGGGCCUGCAUCAACGGCCCCUCAUCAGACUGUGGGUCUUCCGGACAGUCCAUGGUCAUCAACGACGAAGUUGGAUUCCACUUUAAAACUUCCAAGAAAUCCAACAAUGGUACUGACGUUAACGCUGGACAAAUUCCAUGCCUUCUAUACAAUACUGUCAGCCCUGAUCAUACAGUCACCAUCCGCUGUGUAGAUCUAGGUGAACCCAUAAUUUCAUUAUCCAAAAAUGUAUCACGUAAAGUCACCGUUUCCUGCUUCAAAUCACUAUUAUCUAUUACGCAAUGGGCUUGGAAAAUGUUCAAGGAAGUAUUAUUGGAUACUAACGGACAAAUACCUAUCACGGAAGUGAAGCUGACAUUGAUGAAAUAUCAAAAGACAUUAGAGUAUGUGAUCAAAGCCUGUUUGAGACUCGUGAGGUGUUACAUCAUAGAGAUUCAUCCGCAGCACAACAAGAAAAGAAAUUCCCAAGAGUAUAUGUCAUAUUAUGAUGCCAUAGCUGAAACGAGGACUUUUAUACAAGAAGUCAUGGCUGAAGCGACCCCUGUAUGUUCAAUGUUACCUCGCAGACCAGGGAAGAAUAGGGCUUGCUUCGUACAGUUUGCUCUUGAUAUGAUCCAUUCAAUUAUAUACGAGGCCCAUGACACAAUCACGGCUUGCUUCCACGCGUUCUUCCCUACACCGAUGCUCAAAUGGAACCAUCUCUGCUCUUUGCUGUUCCACGUCAAGGAUGGCGUGGUGCCAGUGACGCAUAUGCGGGAGUUGGCAUCAAUCUGUGCUGCUAUGUGUGCGUCCCGAAGUCUACGCGAUGUACUGCAAUAUGUGUUGCCAAUAACUCAGAACCACAUGACGCUUAGCGAGAACAGGCGUCCCGACAGCAAGGUUCUGAAAGAAAUGCCUUCUAAGUCAGCCACAGUACCCCGCUCGUCGCACGCCCAGAAACCUCCUCCUAUCCCCCCUAGAACACAUCGUAAGGAUGCUCAAAAGCCACCGGAAUCUACUGAAAGCAAAUCUACUCAUACCAAUUGGCACUUGUUCGACGCGGUAUCAAAAUUACUAGAUAUUGUUAUAUCACCAAUCAAAGACAAUAUGAAGACGCGUCCAUGCACAAAGACUCAUGACCACGGCGAGUACGACAAGUAUAGAAGACUAUCUGACUAUAGUUGCAAACUUCUUGCCAGGAUUAUAGCUGAAUUAGCUUAUAAUGCUACAAACAUACGUGAAGAUCAAGAUUCGAGUACUAUAAAACAUUUAGUUACUCCUUCGAGGUUCAUGCGUGUGAACCAAUCCCGGUCGUGGAAUACUGGGAAUGGUAGCCCUGAUGCUAUCUGCUUUACUGUUGACCGACCCGGUGUGAUGCUAGUUGGCGCAUGCGUCUUUAGCGGGCUCGGCAGCUACGAGUAUUCAUUGGAACUGCUCCAGGAUUUACGCCUCCGAGCUACGGGGGAGGAGACAGAUCCGGGCCACUGUUGGGUGAGCGUAGAAAUGGUACGUGGAACUUUCACAUCAUCAGAUUGUCAACACGACAUGGUGCAGAUAAAGUUUGAUCGGCCCAUUUGUCUAAAGGAGGAUCUUCGUUAUGCCUUGAGACUGUGCAAUCACGGUGGGCGAACGGCUAAUGGCGAUUGCGGGUUGCCUUCAGUGAUGGGCCCUGAUGGAACCACUUUUAAAUUUUUCUCAUGUUCCUUGAGCUUCAAUGGGACUACACUGGCUAGAGGACAAAUACCCGCUUUUAUUUAUUAUGGGACAUCAAAGAGUCAAAAUGUACUGGACAGUCCUGAUACUCAGAUUACGGCUCUUCGUGCUAUAACACUACGCGUCGCUUCAGAUAUCUUGGAGCGAAGUGCGGAUCUCUUCCGCUCUCUGCGGAACGAAGUAACAGUGGAGGAUUUGCGACGCAAUUCAUUCGAGUUGAAUUUUUCUUCGGUGGUCAAUACGCUUAUCCCUUAUACACUGGCCAAUCUUGAAGAGUUGAAUGACUCUAAGAGCGUAGUAAAACUGCUGGAGAGCAUUCGUAAUAUACUCCCGCAUGUAGCUGCUAUAAAUAUAACUGUACCGGCCGUUGAAGAUUUAGGGUUCCUCGCCGAACCUUUCUAUAUGUGGAUCGAGAGUGAACAUCCAUAUAAGCAAGCUACCGUCUCCAACAUGAGAGUCCUGUUUCCUGUCAACGUGUCUUGGGUAGUCCUAGAGAUGGAUCCGCGUAGUGUGACUGCUCAGCCCGAGGAUACACUCACAAUAUAUGCCGUGGCCGGUGUGCCCAAACCCAGAUGCCAGAGCUCGUAUGAUAUGCGGGUAUUGGAACCGCCAUUCCGCAAGCGUCUGAUACAACUGCCAUCGGAGGAUAGUCGUGCAGACGAAGUACUGGACGAGGGCGAGACGGAGACGCCCUGCAUGCACUACAACCGCACUUAUAUUAAUGUCACGCCAAAAUUAUCCAACGUAGCUGCGGAAUGGCCAAAAAAGGCUAUAAUUGUACCAGGUCGCGAAGUCAUAUUCUCUUUAGAGACUGCUUCUGACUAUCUCAAUGAAUACAAUAAGUCAAAUAGUGAGGAGAACCGAUUUGGCUUCCGUUGUCUCUGUAUUGGAUACCCGGAUUGUGCUUUCACGUCGCGACGCCAGGGACUGUCGCUGUUAGAAAUGGAAUUGGUAUAUGCUGGAUCUGCGUGUGCAUCACGUCUACUCGCACCGGACCUUGAAAUACCACCCUUGUCGUUCUCAACUAUAGUUGAGGUCCAAAUGCUUGCAAUGAUGGGAUCCAGUCAAGGUGCUGAGGGUGGAAGAGGUGCAGAGUGGGGACAUGACAGCUGCGAGAACCUCCUCUUGUCCAAAGGCUUGGAACUCUCGUCGCCGCCUUCCAUUCACCAAAUUCUGGAAGGUCUUCCCCUUAUACGGUCCGUCUCUACUGAGCGCCAAUUUCUAUCGGACUUCGUGGCGGGAGCCGAGAGUACAGCUGGCGGCCGUCUAGCUUGUUGGCUAUCUCCGAGGUCCAGGGUGGAACCAUCUAAAUGCGAGAUGAAGCCGCCACCGACCGCACCACAACCAUCAGUUAUGACCUCAUUGGCCAUUACCAUCCGUGAUCAGUAUGGAGAAAUUGUUGCAUCACCCGCGUUAAAAGUUGAGGUGGUGGUCCAACGCAUGGAAGACGCUAACUCGCGUCAAAGCCGAAGUUCAGUGGGGCAUCCAGGCAACCUGCCUGACAUCCCAUACCAACCCUGUAAGAAGGAUGCAAUGUGUUUCCAGGCCAUUACAAUGAUGAAGCCAUACCAGAUAUACUCUUUUGAGGAGCUGCGCUAUUUGAGUGGGCAGUGGGGUGGGUCUGGCGCAGGCGCUGUGCUCACGAACAACGGGCGCGUGCCCACUGAGCGCCUGGCCAUCCGGUCUCAGCCCGACGGAUCUUACAUUGCAUUGUGGACACCGCGGGCGCCAGGCGUCUACGUGUUCAGGUGCACUCUCGAUCAGCAGCCCACACCACAGGAGCUUACUGUGGAGGUAGCUGAUACUUCUAUCGAAAUACCCGAAGAGCGAGGAGUACGUGCAGAGGAAGCAGCAGUGCAUCAACCAACCCCCUCUAAAUUUCGGCGAUUCGUCGCCAAGUAUAGCGCUGGACUACGUGUAAGAGCCAGCCCUAGUCUACAGGCGGAGGAACUCGGCCGUGUGCCCCCUGGGGCGAACAUCGCUUUUAUUGAAGAGGUGGUGAACAAAGACGGUACAUGGGUUCGUUUGACUGAAGACUCGGCUCGCGCGUACACCGACAGCAGCGCGGAGAUCGCGUGGUGUCUCCAAUAUCAUCGGCACCUUGAUAAGGAGCUACUAGUUCCCACUGAGUCUUGCAGUCCACCACCGCAUUUGGAGUACAGUGGUCUAUGGAGUGCAUGUGGUGAAGACCCUGACGACAUGGAGUCGUGGAAGUUUGACGACGAUGAUGACGCCGCAGCAAGCGAUCAAAUGACUUGCGGUGAUGAUUACGACAGGAGGUUCCCCUUCUGUGUUCUAGUCGACAUGGAGAACGAGGGUGAGCGAUCGUCUAGCCCGUUUAUGUUUGGCGGAGAACCGAGCAAGCUCGAGCGAGAGUUACGGAAUGAAGCCAGCACUUCUAAUAAAGGGGCUAUAAGACGCACCAAUGGCAACGGUGAUGAAUGGCCGUCCACCGUCCACCGGGCCAGCGAGAACGUUCGCAACGUCAAUACGAUACCUGAGACCGACAUCGACGCUGAUAUUCAGGAUAGACCAAUGAGGUCAGACUCAGAAGAGCCGUCUGCAUCGGGUUCCCGUCAUGAAUAUCGCGCAGAGGCUUCACCAUCGGAGGUUGCGUCGAACUCGCAUGGGUCGUGUCAGAUCAUACACGCCCGCAAUGGUAGGAGACUCGCGCAGGCGUACACGCAAACAUCGCCCGAACACGGUGGGGAUAUUACCGUAACUACUAUGACCGUGUAUCGCAGGAGGCAUGGUCGCCGAGGGUCUAGAAACAAGCAUGGCCAGCGGGUGACCAUUCGAUCAGGGUCGUCCAGAAGUUCUACACCAUCGUCGUCGAUGGCCGGGAUUCCGAUUUUGCCGUCUGCGCCUCUUCAGCUCGCCCAAAGUCCGGCCCAGGCGGAAUGUCUUCGUGCCAUAUUUUCAGCUUUAUUGUGGCAUGAAGGGGUGGUGCACGACGCGAUCGCUUGCGCUGCUUACCUUAAGUUCCACCCGCAACUGCCAAAACAAGGAACCCGCGUGGUCACACGUGGUAUGGAAGGAAUCUCGGCACGUCUGCAGCGACACUCCGUCGAAGUUACCAACGCUGGACAAUACCUGCGCCUAAACGAUGAGGCUCUUGAGACGCUAACACGUGCGGGCAUAGAAGCGUGCGCCAGCCGCUCCCGCAAGUCGGAUAUGGAUACGACUAUAAGCGAAGAUGAUGCAGAUGAGCCUCAGCCCAGCACUAGCACAGGUGCAGGCAGUUCAGUUGUGAAUGUGCUGCCACCAGCGCUUCGCGCUCUAGUUGCUCUCUGGGACGCCAUGAACGAUGCAGAGGAGUUCACGUUUGUCUCAGAUAAAAACAAAAAUGAAGAAUCAGAGAAGAACGAAAAUGAAGAUAAACCAUUGAGUGGUAUUCGCAACAAACGCGACAGCAAACCAAAUUCCAAGACACCCUACUCAGUGGUAUGCGAAUUGUGUGGCGGGGCCAGUGUAGCUCCACCAAUAGCGGCUCACUUGCGUCAAACUCAUCCCGGGUGCAAGCAUCCCACCUUGUACGGAUACGACCGAUCUGGGACUCAUCGUCCUAUCGAUCCGGUGCUCGCGCACGUUGAUUUCCCGAUGUCCGUUUGUGGACAACUCGCGAAAGGAUAUGAGUUAUGGUACAUUUACUGCGACAAGUGCCGUGAUAAGUCACUGAAGGCUGCUUCAUCCAUAAAACAAUUGAAGAGGAAAGUCGUCACCGAACCAGGGAAUGAACGCCCUGCUCCUACACCUGAGGUUGACCAUAACGUUAUGAAGGACAAUGCUCUGUUCCUUCUUGAUUUGGCGCCACUUGCGCAAGCAGAGCCGAUUAGCAUGUUCCCAUGGGAGGAAGCAAUGGACCGUGGCCCACGGCACUCACGCCGUAGCAUUUGGAAACCGGCCCCGCAAUUCCAGUGCCUGCGAGCACUGGGGGCGGCCCCGAAACCAGUGAUCACUAUGGACAACAUCACUAAAUAUUACUCGCUAGGUCGGCCACCACCUCCUACUUCACGCUCCAACCCAAUUGGUGGUGGGGAACUACCAGCCGUGAACAACAUUCGCGUCCACCGCUCAGUGUCAAUGGGCCAGGAGAAAGGCCGAGACCUCGCCAAUGCUGCAGGGAAACCUCCCCUCGUGACACCUGCUCAUACUGCUGCACAGGAUACUCUUUCAAGCGUCGGUUCAUCUUUGUUGGCGCAACCGAGCUCAGCAUUACUCCGCCUGGUGGGUGGUGGUGCAUCUAAGGAGAAUAACGCGGUCUCUGCUUUCGAGCCUUCCCGCGUGGACAGUGCAGCUUUGAUGAAAAGUCCAGUCCUCACGUUUGUACAGACGCGACGUGAUCUGCAUGCUUACAGGCAGAAGAUGGAUGCUGCCAUAAGGAUCAAUACUAUCCGCGAAUAUGCUUUUGAGGCACUAACAUGGCUGCUGCGUACUGGAUCCCACCCGUCGUGCGUGCAUGACGUGAUGUGGUGGUUCUGCACCGCAUUGGACAAAUACGCGUCGAUUGUGCCGCCACCACUCGCGUUACUUGCUUUUGCUAAAGAGCACUUGUCGGAUCCAACCCGGAACUUGUAUCCAACAGCAUCUGCUUCGGCGAUGUGUCUAUCCAUAUGUCCUGGUGGGCGUUCUGCUCGAGGUGUACGAGCUGCCUUCCACGCAUUCUUGGGCUCAGUGAGCGCUCUGGCGCCCUCCCUACCACCGGCUAAUUCAUCAAUCCUGCAGGCGAUCAGAUGCUGGGCACUGAACUUCUCGGCCCAUGACCGCGCAUUCUUGCACAGAUCACAAGUUUUCAGUAUGAUAAGCAGAAUAUUAUCGCACACUGAAGAGGAUAUGCACGAUGAGCAGAUGAUCCUCGCCUUACGAGAGAACUACGACACUUGUCACUUCAAGGAAAACUUCGUCUGGAACUGCGUGGACGUGACUGGAUGGUGUGACAUCACGGUGUCAUCGCGACAAGGUAUGGCGGGUGCUCUUACCGACGGCAGCACCGAAACCUUCUGGGAAUCUGGUGACGAAGAUCGGAACAAGGCGAAGUGGAUCCAGAUUACUUACGCCGGCGGUACACCUGAAGAUCAGCCACAUAUUAUCGCGGUGCACAUUGAUAAUACCAGAGACACUGUGAACAAGACAUUAUUAGUAACUUACCUGUACGCGGGUGGUUCCGCUGAGAUGUUCCACAUGCAGGACACAGAAGUGGACUCAAAGUCGGCGGCUUGGGUCUACUAUACUUUACCAAGAAUGAGUUCGUCAUCAUUGCGUGUACGCUGCGAACUGCGCGGGCCCGAGCCUGCCGUGCGCGUACGCCAAAUUCGUGUACUGAGUGUACCCAAUCCAAACAACUCACUAGCAGACACUGCUCCGCAAGUAAUACAUGGCGUUUGCGAGAGUGAUGCCCUAAGGGUAUUUAGACUCCUAACAUCGCAGGUAUUCGGUAAACUGCUCGAUUGGGAUGAGAGUGACAGUGAUUCUAUGACUGAGGGCGCUGUGGGCGGGGAGGUAGCAGCCCCUACUGAAGAUAGCGACCUACGCGAACAUGUCGUCGGGAUAUUGUUUUCCGGACAUAAAUUUACAUCUUUACAGCAACAGGUGAUGUCACACAUUGUCUAUGCAAUUGGUUGCGAGGCAACCCACUUCCGUGACGACUGGGAGACAGCAUUGCUAUGCGCCGAGGCAGCUGAGAGGACCGCCGACGAUACUGUCCUGCGGCCCCAAACAAAUACUCCGGAUAAUUAUUGCUUCGAAAUGUUAUCGAUGUUGCUGGCUUUGAGCGGCAGCGCUGUGGGCCGUUCCCACCUAGCUCAGCAAACUGAGCUGCUAUCGGACCUGCUGGCUUUGCUGCACACCGGCAGUGAACGAGUACAGCGUCAGGUGAUAUCGCUACUACGCCGUAUCAUAACUGAGAUCUCACCACAGAGAAUGCUAGCUGCGGUGAAUUACAAAAAUGAUCUAAAUUCAAGGGUCACUCUACUUGACCAUCUCGUAGCGUAUCUAGGAAAAGCUAUGACUAUACAAGUGAAGAUAAAGGGUUUGGGCUCCGUUAGCGCCAAGUCCGUAACUAUGGGUACCAGCAUGACUGCUCUGCCGCCUGCUAUGUGGUUCAUGAAAGGGGAAACCACUAAGAAACAUGCUCAUUUAGUAUCCAAACUACUAUCCGAUAUGGCUGAGAAUAAGUUGUCCCAUGCUUGGGCACCUGAGACACGCAGUGCGCUUUCCAACUACGUACUGCAGCUGGGGCAAUUCAGCGACGAGGAACGCGAUUACGAAAAAUGUGUACACUCGCCCCCUAUGUGGUUGGCACUGGCUGCCCUCGCUGUCUGCGAGCAGGCUCAAGUUGAGAUUAUAAAUGGCGUGGGUGGUGACAACGAACCACGUUUGGAAGUUGUCGAAAUUCGCCCAUUCUGCUCAAACCACGACGAUGGGGCAACUUUGGCCAUUGUCGAAUGCCGAUGCUGUGGAUCGCUGUGCGGUGAAUGCGAUCGCUUCUUGCAUUUGCAUCGCAAGGCCCGUAAUCAUCAGAGACAGCUGUGCAAAGAAGAAGAGACCGCCAUUCGAGUUGAUAUCCACGAGGGCUGUGGCCGUGUGAAACUCUACUGGUUGCUGUUGUUAGUGGACAGGAAGACGCUGAAGGGUCUGGCGGAGUUUAGAGAGAAAGAGACCUUAUUUGAUCCCAAUACCGCUGAUUUGAGUGAUGGUGGCGUGAGCACAGUAGCUGUAGCGGGUACUUGCCGAUUCUGCGGUUCCCGAAGCGCCACAGGUCUAUUGGCUAUAGGAAACGUAUGCUCUGAUCAGCAAUGUCAGGAGCACGGCCGUCAGGCUUGUAACCGUGUGUUGAGUUGCGGCCACAUGUGCCGCGGUGUUCGCCACGAGCCGGAAUGCUUGCCGUGCUUGUUCGGAUGCUCGGGUCGUGCUGACGCGACCCCACUGCGUCAAGAUGCCGACGAUAUGUGCAUGAUCUGUUUCACAGAUCCUCUGCAAGCUGCGCCCGCUAUACAGCUGCACUGCGGACACGUAUUCCAUCUGCACUGUUGCAAGAAAGUGCUUACCAACAAGUGGAAUGGGCCGAGGAUUUCAUUUUCGUUCGCCCAAUGCCCCAUAUGCAAGGAUGACAUAGAUCACUGGGCCCUGGAGGAGCUUUUGCAACCGAUACAGCGUCUGCGUGAAGAGGUGAAACGCAAGGCCCUCAUGAGACUCCAGUAUGAAGGAGUAACAGCACCUGGUGGAGCUCGCGGCAAAAUGGCCCAAGAUCCAACUACUUACGCUAUGGAAAGAUAUGCUUACUACGUGUGUCACAAAUGCGAUAGGGCUUACUUCGGCGGACUGGCCCGUUGUGAGGCGGAGACCAAUGCCCGCUGGGAGCCAGCCGAGUUAGUCUGCGGAGCCUGCAGUGACGUCACCGGAGCCAGGACCUGCCCCAAGCACGGAGCCGACUUCCUCGAAUACAAGUGCAGAUAUUGCUGCUCGGUGGCGGUGUUCUUCUGCUUUGGGACAUCCCAUUUCUGCAACUCCUGCCAUGACGAUUUCCAGCGCAUCACCAAUCUCCCUAAACAUCAGUUGCCUAAGUGUCCUGCAGGACCAAAAGGCGAGCAGCUCCCUGGGACACCAGAAGCCUGUCCCCUCCACGUAGAGCACCCUGCUACCGGCGAGGAGUAUGCUCUCGGCUGCGGCGUCUGUCGCCACGCGCAGGGAUUCUAAGCGACACUCACUGUGACCUGACGCAAUGUUUAACUCGAGUCUGCUCCCCGCAUCCGUUACUUCCAUCUUACGGCUAUUCCCAGUAAUAUUCUUAAUAGGACACAGACUGCUCACUAUUAUAAUUUUAUUCUAAUUAAGAAUCGACGGGCUAUAUAUUAGGGAGAUAAAAAAUUUACCAAUUGGAUAUACCAGCUUGUUGUAAACUGGCUGGAAAAUUUGUAUACUGUAUAAAAAUGGUAAUAUUUUCUAUUAUAUACCAAUGAAAUAUUUAUUUGUAAGUACUCUAAUACUAUAUCAUAAGUUUCUUGGAACGGCCAUUACAAGUGUAUUAUAUUAAUUUUAUGGAUCUAGUUCAGUAAUCUUUAAUAUAUUUCUGACUGGUUCAGUUUAAUUAUUAGGG